AAAAAAGUAAACCUUCUCAGAAAGUGAGGUUUUUCUCACUAAACUCUCCAGAAAGCUUAUACAAGAUUGACCAUUCUCUCAUUUCUCAAACCCCUAAUUGAAAGAGUCGACACAAGGUCCCCUACAUUUACAACAACCACAUUCAAUUCCCUAUCAAACAGUGUUCAAGCACACAUAAUUGAGCAAACUAAGUUUGUCUUACCUCGAUCUCAUACUAUAUGCAAUUUCCAAAAUGACCGAAGUUACCUAAUCUAAUGAAUGAUCUUUGCUUUAUCAUGUCUCUCGUGCACUCAACGUGAGACAAGAACAUCAACACAACCCCUUCAUCAUUCUUCACAUACCCUCUCUCUCUCUCUCUCUCUUUCUCGUUCAUUUUUAUACCUUGACUUAAAGGAGAAAAUUCCCAAGUCCCUACUACUCAGAGAAUGGCUUCUCCAACACUGAGUUUGUGGCCUCAAAAGCCUACAAUAGUGUUGUUCCUUAUAUGCGUUUCAUUUUCAUAUUCAGUUGAAGAAGCCAUAACAUCUUCUAAGAAGUUAGACCAACCAGUGUUUCCUCCACCAGCAUACACUGAGAUCAAGUGUGCAUCAUGUCCUUGUGGAGACACCUGUGGUGAGCAACUUCCCCCACCACCUCCACCAUCUCCUCCUCCUCCCUGUCAAUCACCACCACCACUGCUACCAUCGCCACCACCACCACCACCACAGUCUCCACCACCUCCUAAGUUUCCCUCUUGUCCACAGAAUUGCAACCCCUUGCCACCACCACCACCACCAAGAUUCGUAUAUGUGCCUGUGCCAGGUGUACCAAAACCAUACACUUGGGUAUAUUAUUACUCUGCUGCUGAAAACAGAGGUGUGGGGUUCCUUGUUUUGGCUGGUUUGGGAGGACUCUCAAUGGCAACACUACUCUUGGAUGACAUCAUGAAGCUAAAGCUAUAUUUCUGAAAAUAAGUUUAGUCUAAAUGUUUGAUUCUCUUCCUUAUUCUUGUUCAGAUUAUUUUUUUUCUAUAUCUAGUUUAAUCCCCAUGCACUUAUUAUUAUGUCUUUCCUUCAGGAAAAUUGAUUCUGAUGUGUGAUGCACAAUAAUUCAAAAUCUUAGUUGAUUUUUUUUCUUCUAUUCUUUACGUGUGUGUAUUACUUUUCAGUUGAUGAUUUAGUUCAUGCAGGAUCACCAGGUUGCUAUAAUAUGUAUAGUAUGUAGCUUGAAUAAAAUUUAAAUCCUUUAAACA